AUGGUCCUUUUCAAGAGGAAACCCGUCCGCUACCUACCGCAUCCCUCCAUCGACGACCAGGAAACGGAUGUUUGGGUCAUCUCCGAGGCCAACGAAGUAUUCACGUCCUACGAUGCAUAUCUCGACCGCAUGGACUUUUUCAAGUCCAAGAAAUUCACCUGCGAAGUAUCAGGACGUUCCGGAUUGACAUACUUUGACGCGCUGAGAAGCGAGCAGGCCGGGUCACGGGAGAUCGAUGAGGCGUUUCCGCAAGCACUGCGAGAACCUGUCCUGCGCCGAGUCCAAUUCUCUACCACGUCUCGCAUCGACAACUUGGUCGAAGAGGUCUACAAUGAUUUCAAGAAUGACUUUUAUCCGGGCGAACUGGUAACCGUGAUACUGGACGACGCAUCCCGGUUGAACGGGCGAGUGCGAGACAAGGCCAAAUUUGCAGAGGUGAAGGCCGCGGACGGUUCCGUGGCAAGAGAGGCUUUCUCCCGAUACUUUGUGCGGCUCAUUGAUCGCCCGGACGAGGAGGCCCUGGUUGACGACAACCACAUCGUUCGAGAUCGGAGGGUUUUCACGAAACUGAUGCUCCGCUCCUUCAUCAAGAACACCGUGACCAGAGAAGGUUGGAAUGGUGCCCCAUGGAUCGUCAAGCCCGAAAUUGCGGAGCACUUUCGCAUUGACACCAACGUCCCUCCCCAUCUUCGACAUGGCCAUAAGAUCGCCGCAAAGAAAGCGGAGAAGAAGCAGCAGAACCUAGAGCAAGGAGAGGGUAUGUUUGGAAUCUGGCAACCUCAUAAGCUACCCGAGCUGAAGCCUGCCCCUAAAGGACGCAAGAACCACCAGACGUCUCAACAGCCCGUACAGCGGACGAUCGAAGUGCAGAUUCCUCCGCCCUAUCACGAGAACUAUCCACCCCAACCCAUGCCGGGCCCAGGGUUGCUCCCACGAUCCUGGGACCAUAUGCACCCGCCCCCUCCUCCGCCUCCGCCUUUCGACCACUAUCAUCGCGGAGGAGCAGUUGCCCCCAAAGAGAUCAUUGAACCUCCCCCACCCCCUCCACCCAUUAAAUACCCGAUCGAUGACCUUGACGUUGAACCCGUCCGCGACGGGACGCAUCGACCGACGCUGAAGUUUGUCACGAAGGAGCAAUGCAUCGACCGGAAGUCAAUGACUCACGUCAUCCCCGGCCUCAAGUCUGAAAAUGUGGUUCUCUUGCUUGAGACCUGGAAUACACUCAACGUGUAUUGCCAAGUUCUCAAACUAGACUCGUUUACUUUCGAUGACUUUGUAGAAGCCAUGAUGUUCACCUCGCAUGAGGUGGAAUGCGAGUUGUUCGUCGAGAUACAUUGCGCGGUUCUCAAACAGCUAGUUCUAUCCGAGAAUGACGAUGAUGGCGCCAUUCAAAUAUCACUCCCGGACCUCCCCGACCCAGACGAGGAUGAAGAGGAGGAGGAAGAGGAAAGUAAACCGCCAACACCGACCCCUGAGCCUGAAUAUCCUGCGAAACGAACACGCAGCAGUCUCCACAAAGUUCAAUUUGCAGAACCAGAGCCUGAGCCAGCAGAACCCGAACCUGUGGUUCCCCAUCGGGCUGCCGAGAUGUUCAAAGAAUAUGGCUGGAUUGAGAGACUUCGAAAGCGUGACCUCACACAUGGUGGCUGGGAAUUGGUCAUGGUCGGGCUGCUGCAUCAGCUUUCCGGCCGGCCCCGACUCACGGAGACGUGCAACAGGAUUCUGUCCCAUCUUGCUCCCCUCGAUGCAGAACCGACGAUUGAAACGGCCAGGAUUCAAUAUGCGACAAUGGACAUCAACUUGCGCGCGGAGGCUCUGCAAAUCAUCUGCCAGCUGUUCCUCGAAACCAAGACGGUCAAGAACUUCCUAGAGGAGAUGAGCAACACUAUGACCCAUUACCGCAAAGUCAAGAUUGAGCACCAACGAGCUCGGAAAGAUGCCCUGGCCAAGCUUAAGGAGCUUCAAAUCGAGCGAAGACUGUUGGCACCAGAACCCGAGAAAUCCCCCACUCCGAUGCCUGAGCUCGAAGAAGCCACCGAGGCGGAAAAAGGCGACGAGAUUGACAUUAUCUCGAUUCCUGACUCAGAAGACGAAGAACCGGUUCUGACGCGAUCUUUGCGACGCGGCAGUGACCGAGCCGCGGAGCGUAAACGGAAACGGGAAGAAGAGCAGGAGCGCAAGGAGAAGGCAGCAGAGGCGAAACAGAACAAAGGAAGCAAAGAGUACCAGAAAGUCCUGAAGCAGAUCGAAAAGGAGCGCGAUCGCAUUGAGCAAGCGGAAGAGCAGAUCCUCAUCGUCGACGGAGACCUGCGUGAGGCAGACUGUCCUCGCACACGGGUUCUCGGGAAAGAUCGCUUCUGCAAUCGAUACUGGUGGUUCGAGAGGAACGCAAUGCCACACGGGGGCUUGCCCGACAGUUCGACGGCGGAUGCAGAAUAUGCCAAUGGUCGAGUCUGGGUGCAAGGACCCGAUGAGAUGGAGCGUGCGGGUUUCAUUGAUGUCAGCGACGCUGACAAGCAGGCCUACUAUCGACGAUUCCAACUGACACCCGCUGAACGGAAGAAGAUGGAAGAAGGCUCUACAAACCUAGAUUCGGCCAAGCAAUGGGGUUUCUACGACACUCCGGAAGAACUCGACAUGCUGAUCGGGUGGCUUGACUCCAGAGGAUUCCGGGAACAAAAGCUCAAAAAGGAACUGAACCUGCAACGUGAUGCCAUCAUCAGACAUAUGGAGAAGCGAGCCGCGUAUCUCGCCCCACGAGAGAAAUCCGAAGAGCCAUCAACGAGGAUGUCCACAAGGAUCAAGACGCACGUCAGCGACAAAUCACACCGAUGUCUGAAAUGGAAGAACUCGACCGCUUUGGCGGAAUUGGGACGUCGCCAUAUCGACCCUGUGCCCAAACCGAGGGGUCGAGGCCGAAAGAACCACGUUGUUGAGGAGGCGCAAAGAACGGGGAUGUUACCGGCUCACCCGGCUCCUUUGAACCGCCAGGGCAAGCCGGUAACACGGCAGGGGACGCGUUACAACUUCUGA